CGCUUUUAGAAGCCCAUUGAUCUGCAGCACAGUGUAGCUCAGACUGCUAUGUCGCUACUGUGUGUUGCAGCGACACGCAAGUCUCGAACCAUCAACCCUGUACCCCGACCCGACAGUUCUGUCCCUGCUAGAUGUAGUAUGUAUCGGCAGAUGUGCUGAACAGCAAUUGCCUUGUACGGAACGACACCUCAUUUCACUUCGGAUACUUGAAUGCUCGUCCUCCACUACCGAAUGCAUCUCAAUUUUCGAAGAUAGUGCAUUCGCAUUUAACCCGGGACACCGUUCAACUUGAUCACUGAAUACAUCCAUUAUCACACUGUCUACUAUGGCAGCACACAACGAAGAUAGCCUGUUGGCUAAUUGGAAGUGUAUGAUCGCUGUCAUCAUUGUAUCCAUGUCUCCCUUCCAGUACGGAAUCGACUAUGGCUUGAUAGGUGGUAUCCAAGCCAUGGUUGGCUUCUUGCAAGUCUAUGGUUACGAAGAUCCCAGCCUUCCCUUAGGCUGGAAUCUGAAUGCAACACGACAACAGCUAAUCUCCUCACUGAUGGUGCUGGGAGCGGUCAUUGCAUCUGGCUGUGCGGGACCCAUCGCUUGGCAACUUGGUCGGAAGACUUGCCUCUGGGCAGCUUGUGCUCUACUAUCGGUCGGAAAUAUCAUCAUGAUGGCAACUACGCACAUCGGAGCUCUUUAUGCCGGGCGUUUCAUCCUUGGCCUUGGAAACGGGCUUUUGAUGACCUUUUCCCAACUGUAUAUCCAGGAAGUCACGCCCGCGAGAUACCGAGGCCUGGCCCUUGCUUCCUUUCAAUUUUUCACCAGCAUCGGAACCCUCAUCGGCACCAUCGUCGACAAUUUCACAGCCAAAAGGGAAGGCAGAAGUGCCUACCUCAUACCCCUCGGCUUGAUUUACGUUGUCCCAGUCGUCAUCUGUGUCGGCCUGAUCUUCAUUCCCGAAUCACCUCGCUGGCUGCUUGAGCAUGAUCAACCCGACAAAGCUCGCAAAGCACUGGCAUGGCUUCGUCCUCAUCCAGAGCGCGUCGAGGAAGAACUAUCUGCCAUUCAAGCUGGUAUCGAUCAGGAGAAGUCUCUGAAGGCUAGUGUCAGCGUAUGGGACAUGUUCACAGAUCCUGUCGACCGCCGGCGAACAAUCCUCUCGGUGGCUGCUAUCAAUACACAGGCUGCGUCGGGUGCCAUGUUCAUCAUUGCAUAUGGUACCUACUUCUUCGAGAUGGCUGGCGUUGGCAACUCAUUCCAAAAUUCCUGUAUCUUGACCAGCGUCGGAGUCAUCGCCAUCAUCCUCAACACGUGCAUCAUCACACGCUUCGGUCGUCGUCGCCUUUUCCUCAUUACUGGACUGCUGCUUUGCGGUUUCAUGCAACUCAUCAUCGCUGUCGUGUACACUACCAAGCCUGGCAGUCCAGCGGCGUCCAAGGUCAUUGUAGCACUCAGCAUACUCUAUAUGUUCAGUUACAACGGACUUAUUGCCACGUAUGCCUGGCUCUCAGGCGGUGAGAUCCCAUCCCAACGACUACGGUCCUACACGUUCGGCCUCGCAGCUUCUAUCGGCUUCAUCGGUGCCUGGCUAGCCACAUUCACAGCCCCAUACUUCAUCAACCCCAGCGCUUUGAACUGGGGCCCUCGCUAUGGCUAUAUCUGGUUCCCUUCCUGCAUGGUAGCUGCUGUCUUCAUAUACUUCUUCCUGCCUGAAAUCAAGGACAGAACACUUGAGGAGAUUAGUGAAAUGUUCGAAGCCGGGCUGCCUGCAAGAAAGUUCAAGGGAUACAAGUGUGUCGGAGCUGCCGCUGUCGUGGCUGCGGAGAAGAAGGAAAAGGGGGAUGAAAUCGAAGUGUCUACCCAAGAGGUCGUAUGGAGAGACCCCAAAGCUGCGUCUGAAUCUGCUGCCGUUGUUGGAUAAAGGCGUUCACAGUGAAGUGACAAAGUCGACGUAGCUGCAGAGAAAUUGAAUCAGGUAUUGGAAUUCUCUCUCCUUCACUUC